AUGUUACGGACAAGGGCUAAGUCAUUGUUGAGUAAUGGCCUGCUCAGAGACGUCGUAUCGUCUCAAGUUCGGUUCAGGAGUAACGCCAUGUUCACCGGAAGGAAGAAAAUCAAACAGAAUGUUGGUUCUAACUUUAAGACGAGCAUCAAGGCCUCCAAAUCGCAAACUUCGCAUACGAACUUACGAGAUAAUAUCAACCCUACAUUGCAUUUACUGGGAAAUGAUCUUUCCGGAGAGGAAGAUUCAUCGCAGCUGAAGUUUUCCAUGGGGCAAAAUCGUUCAUUUUCACUCGUAGAUGAAGAGGUCACAUACGAUCCGGAGAUUCACUCUAGGAUUUCGAACGUGAUCCAGCGGGAUCUUUCAAACAUUGUGAACAAUAUUAAGGCCAUGAAAUACUCUAAUUUAAGAAGCAGCCUGUUGAAAGCGUUUGUGAAGAAUGACAUAGAGGGGUUUAUUGCAAAGAAUGUAGCUCUCAUAGAUAAUAUUGCAAAUGUUACCCAAGAAACCAUAGAAAAACGGUUUCUAAGUUUAGCAGAAAAUAGCACCGAAAAAUUUCAUGAAGGAUAUUUGACGUUGCAUUUUCCAAAACUUCAUGAAGCUCACUUGUCCCUCUGGAGGAACUUUUUGGAAAACAGACCAUUAAGCCCCAUUUUGGAGCAUGUUAUUUAUCUUGGAUUGAAACCACAUAUAUUAUUAGACACUUUUAAUUCCCCUUACAACACUCAGAAUAUUCAGAAACAAAAUAUGACCUUCAACACCAUAGACAUCACAAACCCCGUUGAAUGGUUUCCAGAAGCAAGAAAGAUGAAGAGAAAGUUUAUUAUGCACGUUGGGCCCACGAAUAGUGGAAAGACAUAUAAUGCCUUGCUAAGGCUUGAACAGUCCAAGACAGGCUAUUAUGCAGGUCCCCUUAGAUUGCUAGCUCGUGAGGUUUACGAGAAGUUUCAGAAAAAGGGUGUCCGAUGCAAUCUAUUAACGGGAGAGGAGGUAAUUCCCGACUACGACGACUUUGGAAAUCAAGCGGGUUUGACCAGUGGGACCGUCGAGAUGGUUCCAACCACUGAACUAUUUGAUGUUGUGGUUCUGGAUGAAAUUCAGAUGAUUUCUGAUCCAGAUAGGGGACAGUCAUGGACUAAUGUAGUGAUUGGAGUUUUAGCAAAAGAAAUACACCUUUGCGGAGAAGAAUCGAGUGUGCCCUUGAUUAAGCGUAUUAUCCAAGAAACUGGGGAUGAAAUUGAAGUCAACAAGUAUAAUAGAUUGGGCCAGUUAGUAGUUGAUGAUAAGCCUAUCGAUAUAUCAGAUCUCCGGAGGGGGGAUUGUAUCGUAAGCUUCAGUAAGAACAUGAUAUUGAAUACCAAAUCUCAUAUUGAAGAUGUAACCAAGUUCAAAUGUGGUGUUAUUUAUGGUGCCUUGCCUCCAGAAGUUCGAUCCAGAGAAGCUCAAAAAUUCAACGACGGAGAGUACGAUCUCAUUGUUGCCAGUGAUGCAAUUGGCAUGGGACUCAACUUAAAUAUCAAUCGGGUUGUCUUCACUACCUCACAAAAGUAUGAUGGCCGGUCUAAUAUUAUAUUGUCUGAUUCUCAGUUCAAGCAGAUAGGAGGAAGAGCUGGAAGAUUUGGUGUUAAAUCUUCCACCGAUAGUAACAAACCUCCCAUUGGCCACGUUUCAGCGUUUGACGCGGAUAUCCUGGACAAUAUUAGAUCCGGGAUUAAUGCAAAGAUUGAGUACCUACAGCGCGCAAUGUUGUGGCCAACAGAUGAACUCUGGAUCAAAUACUACUCAAUGUUCCCUCGAGGAACCACAUUAGUCCAAAUGCUGGAAAGGUUUGAGGAGGAUCUGAAAACGUUGAAUGCUAGCUCAAACGGACUAUUCCAAGUAAGUCCUACUGAAUUUAAAAAGGAAGCUGGAAAUUUCUUUUGCAAUCAGUUAGACAAGAACCUUCAAUCUCAUUUCCUGAUAACCGAUCAGAUCAGAAUGCUAAAUGUACCCAUAUCAUUGGAUACAGAGCAAAGCAUGAAUGCUCAUCAGAAUUAUCUUACUGGAAUCAAAGUUGAUGCUAUUAGAGAUUAUCUGGAAACAGUGAUAAAUAGGGAUGUGAAGAGCAUUCUUGAUACUAAGGUUAUAACUAUGCUUUUUAGCAAAGUGACAUGCCCGAGUAAGCCACCAGAAGCCAAAAACAAAAGGAAUGCUGGAAGGGGAAAACCACAAUAUGAGGAACUUAGAUCUCUGGAAACCAUCCACAAGUUGAUUACAGUAUACACAUGGCUGAGUUAUCGAUACAGUAAGAACUUUAUCGAUAGGGAAGGUGUUACAGAAAUGAAGGAUAUAGUGGAGAAUACUAUUGUGAAGGAGUUGGAUAAUAUCAGAGCUUUCCAACUAGAAAAUAAUAGGUUUAGUAUCAGUAAGAAAUUCAAGAGGAAAUAA